AUGGAUUUGCAUGAAGGAGCCGCACACGGUCAUGGUGAGGGUGUUUUAGACUUGUCGCGUCGGAAUUUGAACAGUUUGAGUUUGGUCAAUCUCAGCGAGGAGCGCAAGAGGGACACCAAGCAGUUGUGUCUAAGCUUCAACCGAUUGGCCUCGCUGCCCGGAUCAGUUUGCAUGUUCUCCAACCUCGAGUUUCUGGACAUUAGCAACAACGGACUAUCGGUCAUCUGUGAAGACAUUACUCGGUUAACCAAGCUCAGAACACUAAUAUCCAAGAACAACCGUCUGGACGAAUUCUCGCUGCCCAAGGAGUUCGGAUCUUUGCCGUUGGAGGUGUUGAAUCUAAGUGGCAAUCGAUUUGAGGAGAUGCCAGCGCAGUUCCUGAAGUUGCAGCGGCUACAAUCACUUUCCCUUGGGGGAAACAGACUACAAAGUAUUCCUGCAGAAAUAGAAAACUUAACCAGGUAUGUAGACUACAUAACUUGACGUGCGGCCUCACCAGCUGCUAAAGAUAGUGAUGGUUCGUUCGAUAACGAACGGAUCUUCUUGUUGAACGUCGGGAACCGAAUAGCAUCGGUGAAAGAGUCGUCCGUUUGGCUCCCUGAAUUGCAUACUGCUUUUUGAGCUCAAAACGUUUUUCUGCAAAGUAAAAAAAGACAAGUAUAGAGGGUGAAACAAUAAAUAGUGGGGAGAGUGCGUCAUACAUUUGGGGGAGCAACUUUUUUUGCAGGCGAUCUAAUAGUUUGGCCAGGUAAACAUGUAUUUCAACGCGCAUUUCACGAUCUGACAUAAUGGUAGCCUACUUUUAGCUUUACAUAGGUGAUUUGCAAUUGUUUCAUGGUUCUAGGUCGAUUUGUAAGCACUUUGAACGAAGAGCCGUUUGGGAGCCAAAUGUACCGGCUCUUACAUGAACCGAUCCAAAUGAGCCGGCUCACCGAAAAAAACUUGGAAUGCCCAUCAGGCCAUCACUAGCUACAGAGUUGUCGCACUAGCUUGUUACAAUGUUGCAGUUCACCAUGGUUUCCACUAGAUAGCAAAGUCACAAUUGGCUAUAGGCAUAUCAUAAAAAAUUAGGAAAACCAAACGUAGUUUUUUUUGUUGUUGCUUAAUUUAAGGUUUGGUUUAGGCAUACGGUUAGCAGUGUGGUUAGGUUUAAAUUCAAUUUUUAAGAAGAUACAUUUUUGAAAUAGGCUGGGUUAAUGUCUUUGCGGCUGUAGUAACUAGUGACGACCGUUCACCAGUGAUUGCAUCACAACCUUUCACAUAAUUAGCAAAAGUGUCAACUGCCUGAAACUGUCACAAUGACCAGUUUAGGCAUAGUGUAAUCAGGUUCAGGGGCGAAGAGUGAGUAGAGCGGGUACAGGCCAGUUCAACUGCCAAUGCUGCUGGGGGUUUGGGUUGUUGUAAAGGCUUAACUGAUGUCAUUACAUCAGUGCCGAGGCAGAGAGGUGGGAACAAGCUGUGCUAUGCUGUAUUGUAGCCUACUUCCAUGGAUGCUUGCCUUUACAAACACAAUAUGCUCCCUUGAUUGCCAGGACUAUGGUUAAAUGGAUUUCAACACAUCCUCACUCCUUGAGUAGGCUACUGUAUCAGCAGACUAUAUCCUAACCUGUAUGUUUUUCAGAAAAUGAAAACGGUAUGCUAUCACAACUUGCAGCCAAUAACAAUUACCAGGCAAUCAGGCCUUUACCAACACUGACAGGUGUGUGAGCUAUCGGGAAUCUUAACUGAUCCUGUGCUAGCCAGAAUAGAUUCCAACCCUACGCUUGCUUACAGCUGCACUGGGGUCGGACAGGCUUCCUGUUUAGAUUAAGACACAGCAGAGCCGGCGCCAGAUAUGGCUCGGAAAAUAUACCUCAACUCCGAAUUGUCCCAUUAUCCCAACUGUUACACCGAGAAGAUUGCACGACUGCUAAAAAACGAGCAGUUGUUCAUUCUUCUCGGUGUCAUUUAUUCUUCUCUCUCCUAUUGGUAAAAUGUGGAAUACAAUGCAUUUCUUAUCCCUGGAUUGUGGUAUGUUUUCUGAGCCACAUCUCACACCAGCUCCGCAGUGUCUUAAUCUAAACAGGAAGCCUGUCCGACCCCAUUGGCGCUGUUAGCCAGUGUAGGGUCGGAAUCUAUUCUGGCUAGGGCCAGGGCAUGACUGACUGCCUAAGUUGCUCAGAGGAGGACAUUUAUAUGGUUCAUGUGGUGGGUACACAUUGCGCAGUAUACACGUAAACAACCUCUGGGAUGACUAACUCUUAUUCAUCAACCACACACAGAAACACUAGCUUCCACAUAGUCAAGUCACACACGUAUGCAGAGAUGUCAUGACACACACGAGCACACGCACACAUAUUCAAGCUUCUCGUGGUUAAUAUGUGAACAAAUGCCAAGUUUGUAUAAACUGCAAGGGUAGUGUGUUCCCAGGAUAGUAAAAAACAAUGUCAUCUGGAAAAAGUCUGUUUAAUUCUCAUGUCGUGUUUACCCUGAGACAAGUCUGCCAGUGGUAUCUUAGCACAGGUCACAGCGACCUACUGGAGAUCAAGUCAUUCUUCCAUCUACCCGCCACCCACAGGUCACAUUCUUCUAAUUACAUUUACAUUUUAGUCAUUUAGCAGACGCUCUUAUCCAGAGCGACUUACAGUUAGUGAGUGCAUACAUUUUUCAUACUGGCCCCCCGUGGGAAACAAACCCACAACCCUGGCUUUGCAAGCGCCAUGCUCUACCAACUGAGCUACAGGGGACUACUAAUAUCAGUGAGCACAGUUUAUGAUCUGACUAUAUAGCCUAUUAACAUUUAUAAAAGAGAGAAUGCAUCAUAAAGUCACAAAUCAGUGGGUGCAACCGGGAUGUGGGUCAUGUCAAGCGGUUAUAAACAUUAGCCUAUUUAUAGACUAACCAAAGAUAAGUAUGUAAGUACUUUGACUUCAGCUGGAAUAGAUCCUGAUUGGCUUUAAUAGUUAACCAAUCUUGACCCUAUUGGCUGACUGUCAUCAGCUGAUUUGAUCAUUGCUUUUUAGUGAGUUUACUAUAGUCAGGUUUGGUCUUUGCAAUCCGAAGACAUUCUUUAAAAAAGUUGACUUGGUCAUAACAGACUUUAUAUGGGCAAAUAAAACUCAUAGAAUUAAAAGGAAAGUUUUACAUCUUCCUAAGUCUGAGGGUGGUGUUAACCUUCCAGAAACUGUAAAUGACUUGGUAAUAGGAAAUACAUUUAUUUCCAUGACAGCAUGAAAAAGUAUUUUUGGAUUGACCAAUGUAGAUAUUUUCUAAUUCAUGCAAUUUAAAAGUUUUAUAUCACAAUUUCGAUUUGAAAUCUUUUGGACAUCAGAGGAGUCAGAUAAGGAUAUUCAUAUAAUAGGUAAGCUAUACAAAACCUUGCAGAGAGCCUAUGCUAUUGACAAUCUCUUAGAAAAAUAAUAUAAACAAUUGGAACCAAUACUUAUUUUUUAAAGAACUGAUAUUGACACAAGAUGGAGGGAAUGUUGGAACAUAACUAACAAAAUUACAGUUAACAAAAAUGUACGCUUAAUCCAGAAUAAAUUAAUAUAGAAUUUAUUAUACAAGAGACAAAAUUCACAAAUUCUACAGCACAACUUGUAAAACUACUAAUGACUCAAUAAUCCAUGCCUUCUGGGAAUGUUAUGAAGUCCAAAAGUUAUGGAUGGCGUUAGAUACACAAAAAUGUAUGCACGCAUGACUGUAAGUCGCUUUGGAUAAAAGCGUCUGCUAAAUGGCAUAUUAUUAUUAUUAUUAUUAAUUUUGCCUGUCCAGAAGUAUUAGAAUGUAAAUUUACUUUUAAUCAGUCUGUCUGCAUAUUUCAAGACAUGGCAUAUGAGGAUGCAGUAAGAUACUUUUCUCGUUAAUCAUCUUGAAAAAAAAAGUGUUUACUUUAACACUGGAAAUCAACCAAUCCUCCGUCAACACAAUAGAAAGGUCAAAUGCUUCAUUAUCUAAAUGUUGAAAGUGCGUGGGUGAUGGAGAGAAACAAAAUGGUGCAGUUUGAGGCCAUGUGGCGGAGAGUGAUGUGUGCGCUGGAGAUUGGGGUGUGAGCAUGUGGGUCUGGGCAGAUGUGAUGUAGUUGAUGUUGUCGUGUGUAUGUUUUGUAUUGUUAAAAAACAAAUCCUACAAAGGAAGAAGUACAGACUCAUAGCUUCAAAAUGGUAAACCCUUAAAGGCCCGGUGCAUACAAAAUGUGUAUAUAUAUAUAUAUAUAUAUAUAUUUUUUUUUUUAAACACACUGUGGUUGGAAUAAUACUGUGAACUUGUGAAAAUGAUGAUGAUGCCCUUUUGUAAGACCUUUUUGAAAAGACUGCCUGAAAUCUCAGCCAGUUUUGGUGGGAUGGUUUUGGGGCCUUCCAUAGUGACAUCAACAUGUGGUAAAUUUAGUUAAUAGACCAAUAAGAAUUUCAAAUAAGGUUGACAGUAUCCAGAUUUUCAUACUGUUUCUGUACCAUACUGACCAAAACAGUAUUACCAGAAGUGCACACAAGGGGCACUAUAAAUAAAUAAAUAAAUAAUAAUAAUAAUAAUACUUUUUUGGGGGACGCACAUAACAAUUUAGGCAACAGGGAUCUUGAUCCAGGAGGGGAUUGAAUUUCUCUGCUGUAAAAAAGAAGCUUGAUCUUGACAUCAAGCCACUUAACUAGCAAGUUAGCAAACCAAAUGCGUAGUAGGAGCCCUGAGCUGGAUAAAAUUUAUUUGACACAUCUUCGAUUUCUUAUAGUUAUAAGCAGUGGUGUAGCACACAGCCCCGGCGAUGCCCCCAACCACAAUUUUAACUGUAUUGAAAAUCAUACCGUCAGUAUUUCGAAAUAAACAGUAUAUCGUCCAAGCCUAGUUCCAAACCUCUCUGCCAAUAACAACAAAUGUUCCGUUUUGCCCCCAUCCUCCACUCAGACCACUCUCAGACAUUCCUAGCUAAAUUCUUGCUUGAGAAAUUGCCAUUUGCUAAGAAUCAAUUUUUGUUUAUUUUUUAUCCUUCUUUGUAUUUUAUUUUAUUGUAUUUUACCCCCUUUUUCUCCCCAAUUUCGAUCUUGUCUCAUCGCUGGAACUCCCCAACGGGCUUGGGAGGUGAAGAUCGAGUCAUGCAUCCUCCGAAACAUGACCCUCCAAUCUGCGCUUCUUAACACCCGCCUGCUUAACCCUGAAGCCAUCCGCACCAACGUGUCGGAGGAAACAGGUUCAACUGACGACCGAGGUCAGCGUGCAGGCGCCCGACCCGCCACAAGGAGUCGCUAGAGCGCGAUGAGCCAAGUAAAACCCCGCCAGCCAAACCCUCCCCUAACAUGGACGACGCUGGUCCAAUUGUGCACCGCCCUAUGGGACUCCCGAUCACGGCCGGUUGUGAUACAGUCCAGGAUCAAACCUGGGUAUCUAGUGAUGGCUCUAGCACUGCGAUGCAGUGCCUUAGACCGCUGCGCCACUCGGGAGGCAGCUUUUUGAUCAUUUUACCCAGAAACAGAGCUCCAGGGGCACCAGGGCUUGACUUCAAGGGAAACUAGGGCUGUGUGUGCUAGUGGGGUAACUGUACAGAGUGAGGUAUUGAGAUGCCCCGAGUGGCUCCUUUAGUCCCACAGGGACAGGGGCUGGCUCAGGGCUCAGGCGCCAAGGACACAUAAUGGCCUCCUCUCUGUCCCAGUCGCUGCUGUGUCAUCAGUUCCACAGACAGGCCAUAGGCCAGACGGGCUGACUGCUCACUCUCUGUGUCAGGCAAUUACAUUACCUUUCACUCCCUUUUUCUCUGUGCCUGCUGCUCCCUCUGUUCCUCUCUUUCUCAAUUUCCCCAGUGUUCAGCUGUCCUUUCACUCUUUCAUCCAUUCGGAGGGAAUGGGAUAAAGCAGAACACUUGAGAAUGUGUACAUUUCCAUUGGAGAUUUGUGGACAAUAAAUUAAUUCUUAUUUUUCUCUCUGCCUCAGUCAGUCAUCUGUUUGUAUGGGACUACUCCACAUGGUUGUCUGCUGCUACCACAUUUGAUUACACUCGACCUAAACGUCACUCUAGCCGUGAGCGAAUGUUUUGGACUCUACCUCUGGCGGCCCCUACACAAGUCAGAGUAAACACGCAUGCCAGCAGGCUAAAGACAGAGCUAGAAAUUCCGACACUUCUCUGUGGUAUGUGCAGUGGUGGAAAAAGUACCCAAUUGUCAUACUUGAGUAAAAGUAUAGGUACCUUAAUAGACUGUUACUCAAGUAAAAGAGAAAGUUACCCAGUAAAAUACUACUUGGGUAAAAGUCAAAGUAUUUGGUUCUAAAUAUACUUAAGUAUCAAAAGUAAAAGUAUAAAUCAUUUCAAAUUCCUUAUAUUAAGCAAAGCAGACGGCACCAUUUUCUUGUUUUUCAAAUUUACGGAUAGCAAGGGGCAACACUCAGACAUAGUUUACAAAUGAUGCAUUUGUGUUUAGUGAGUCCGCCGGAUCAGAGGCAGUAGGGAUGACCACGUAUUCUCUUGAUAAGUGCGUGAAUUGGACAAUUUUCCUGUCCUCCUAAGCAUUCAUAAUGUAACGAGUACUUUUGGGUGUCAAGAAAAAUUUAGGGAGUAAAAAGUACAUUAUUUUCUUUAGGAAUGUAGUGAAGUAAAAGUUGCCAAAAACGACUUAAGUAGUACUUUAAAGUAUUUCUACUUAAGUACUUUACGCCACUGGGUAUGUGUCUCUCUAGUGUCUUCCCUUUGAAACAGUUUGUUCAGCAGCUCCACUGCUCCAGCCCUUUGAUGUCUUUCACUCACUCUGUAUCACUGUCACGUACAGCAUCUAUGUCAACAUGUGGGAACCCCAGUGUAGUACUGAUGUGUCAAAACAUGGCUAGCCACAUGUGCACUUGGAACUGCCCAGUAUACAGUAUGUUAUGGUGUUUUUGGAACUGCCCAGUAUACAGUAUGUUAUGGUGUUUUUGGAACUGCCCAGUAUACAGUAUGUUAUGGUGUUUUUGGAACUGCCCAGUAUACAGUAUGUUAUGGUGUUUUUGGAACUGCCCAGUAUACAGUAUGUUAUGCUGUUUUUGGAACUGCCCAGUAUACAGUAUGUUAUGGUGUUUUUGGAACUGCCCAGUAUACAGUAUGUUAUGGUGUUUUUGGAACUGCCCAGUAUACAGUAUGUUAUGGUGUUUUUGGAACUGCCCAGUAUACAGUAUGUUAUGGUGUUUUUGAAGUCCCAAACACCGUCCGGGUUCAUGCUCUACUUGUUACUGUCAUGUUAAUUGUCACUCGAUAUGAUGCUAAACAUAUUUAAACCUCUCUCUCAGUCUGGAGCUGCUGUAUUUGGGUGGUAACCUGAUCACCUCUAUUCCUCCUGAGCUGGCCAACCUGCCCUACCUUAGCUACCUGGUCCUGUGUGACAACCGCAUACAGGGUGUACCCCCGCAGCUCACCAGGUAACCACAACACAACCAUAAUAUAACCAUAACACAACUACAACCCCAUCUAGAGCAUACUGCCACAGCUCACCAGGUAAACGCAACCGUUAUAUAACCAUAACACAACUACAACCCCAUCUAGAGCAUACUGCCACAGCUCACCAGGUAAACACAACCGUAAUAUAACCAUAACACAAUAAUAAUACUGCUACAAGACUGUCAUAACCAAACCAUAUUCAAAGCAUACCACCACCACCACAACUCAACUGGUUAACAGAACCACAUCCAUAGUGGACUACCACAACUUAACAUAACCUAAACAAGGUCUAGAUUUGUCUACAAUACUUAUAACGAUGACCAUGCCAUCUCUCUCCCAUCAGGCUCCACUCCCUGCGUUCCCUCAGUCUCCAUAACAACCUGCUGACCUACCUGCCCCGGGAGAUACUCAGCCUGGUACACCUGCAGGAGCUCAGUCUCCGCGGCAACCCCCUGGUUGUGCGCUUCGUCAAGGAAAUGACCUAUGACCCCCCGUCGCUGCUGGAGCUGGCGGGUCGUACCAUCAAGAGCCGGAACGUUCCAUACUCGCCCUGCGACAUCCCCUGCCACCUGCUGCACUACCUAGACCUGGCCAGCAAGUGCCCCAAUCCUAAGUGUGCCGGUACGUUUACUACACGCUAGCUUCUCAUUGGACUGUGUGUGUCUGUAUUUCUGUACCUGUCUUUGUCUGCCUGUCUGUAUAUAAUUUAAGUAUAAGUCUGUAUUUUAUUUCAGUGUGCUUAUUCAAUGUCUAUCUGCUUUCUCUCUCCCUAGGCGUGUACUUUGACUCAUGCGUGCGCCACAUCAAGUUUGUGGACUUCUGUGGGAAGUACCGGUUGCCCCUCAUGCACUACCUGUGCUCCCCAGAAUGCACCUCACCCUGCAACUCCAACCCCCAGAGCGACGCAGAGUCAGAGGAUGAGAUCAGCGUGCCCGCCGACCGCCUGCAGAAGGUGCUGCUGGGAUAGCAGGAAGUAGAGGGGCCUCCGGUCGUAACCAUGAUAACGGCCUCGGAACCCCAGUCUUUCUCUCCGUGAUUGGACACUACUGUAGGGAUGAACUCUGACCCCUCUGGUCUCGAGAUGUCUUUAGCGGUGUAUGUCCCAUGGAACCUAUUGACUAAGUCACUAUAGCCAUCUAAAACUGGGGGACAAAUUAUGUGAGGGAUCUCAUGGGUAAGCAUAGGAGGGCAGUAGAAACCAUAACUAUUGCCAACUUGCUAUGUGAGCCAUUGAAAGGGGUUUUCCAUCACACCUUUCCUGAGAAUCAGGAUAUGAACAAUGUGAGAUUUCCAAGUGCCAGAAAACAAAGUGUGUGACACAGUACUCGGUGAAAGCUUUGUUUUCUCUCACGCACAGGAAGUCGAUCUAGGCCGGGCAGAGUGUGUAUGGACACCUCACAGCACAAUACACACAUUUACUGUGAAAGGAGAAAACCAAACUAAUCAGACAAGAUGAAAGUUUGUAUUUCCAUCCCUUGGUUUUCUUUAAAUAUAGACAGUUCUAGAUAUUUGUGUCUUUUGAUGUGUGUGGGAACAUUUAGACAAGGUCCCCAGAAGGUACGUGUUCAAGGUGAACAGGAAGUACAGUGUACUACAGUAGCUGGCCUUUAAAUAAGACAUUGUUCAGACUAAAAACACUGGGCUAUUGUUACAGUACUAUGGAGAAGAAAAAAUGAAUUUUAUAAAUAAAAUAAAAUGGAAGGAACAGCAACUAAACAAAGAUGACUUUUUGCACCCUGAAAUGUGACAAUUCACCUUUUAGUUUUAGUCUUUUGUUUCCUGUAAGUGAUUUUCUAUUCAUGAUCCUAAACCCAAUGAUGUGAAAAAAGCAAUUUUUGUAACAUGUACUGCUUUUAUACAAAUCCAACAUGCUACUGUUCUACUGUCUGACACUCAAUGGCUCACACACUAAUAGUGUUUUUAUUGAAGAUGACUUAUGUAAUAUAAUAUAGUACUCAUACAGGUUGAUGAUCUGUACUAAAGUAUGUGCACUUUUCCCCUCUAAUAUAGACUGUACAGUAUAUAAU